AUGUACGUGAGCUACCUCCUGGACAAGGACGUGAGCAUGUACCCCAGCUCCGUGCGCCACUCUGGCGGCCUCAACCUGGCCCCGCAGAACUUCGUCAGCCCCCCCCAGUACCCGGACUACGGCGGCUAUCAUGUGGCCGCGGCGGCCGCGGCGGCCGCGAACUUGGACAAUGCGCAGUCCCCGGGGCCGUCCUGGCCCGCAGCCUACGGCGCCCCGCUCCGCGAGGACUGGAACGGGUACGCGCCGGGGGGCGCCGCGGUGGCAGCCAACGCGGUGGCGCACGGCCUCAACGGGGGCUCGCCGGCCGCCGCCAUGGGCUACAGCAGCCCCACCGACUACCACCCGCACCAUCACCCGCACCACCAUCCGCACCACCCGCCCGCCGCGCCUUCCUGCGCUUCGGGAUUGCUGCAGACUCUCAACCCGGGUCCUCCCGGGCCCGCCGCCACCGCUGCCACGGAGCAGCUGUCCCCCGGCGGCCAGCGGCGGAACCUGUGCGAGUGGAUGCGGAAGCCGGCGCAGCCGUCCCUCGGAAGCCAAGUGAAAACCAGGACGAAAGACAAAUACCGGGUCGUGUACACGGACCAUCAGCGGCUGGAGCUGGAGAAGGAGUUUCACUAUAGUCGUUACAUCACCAUCCGGAGGAAAGCCGAGCUGGCCGCCACCCUGGGGCUGUCCGAGAGGCAGGUUAAAAUUUGGUUUCAGAACCGCAGAGCGAAGGAAAGGAAAAUCAACAAGAAGAAAUUGCAGCAGCAGCAGCAGCCUCCACCACCUACAGCCCAGCCUCCCCAGCCACAGCCAGGUCCUCUGAGAAGUGUCCCGGAGCCCCUGAGUCCUGUGUCUUCCCUGCAAGGCUCUGUGCCAGGUUCUGUCUCUGGGGUUCUGGGGCCAACUGGGGGGGUGUUGAACCCCACUGUCACCCAGUGA